AUGGGUGCUGGCCUGGGAUUAGCCUGGCUCCUGGGAGGCUUCUCCAGCUUCCUCCAGACCUCAGUUCUGCUGGGCUUGGUCCUGCUGCUGCUGAAGGGGAUCCAGUUGUUCCGGCGCAGGCAGAGGCUACUGAGAACCUUUCAGAACUUCCCAGGUCCUCCUGCCCACUGGUUCAGUGGGCACCUCCAGGAGUAUAAAAAAGCUGAUGAAAUAAAGGUGACACUGUUCUGGGCCAAGCAAUUCCCUUGUGCAUUUCCCCGGUGGCUCUCUGGGUUCACAGCGUUACUCCAAGUCUAUGACCCUGAAUGCAUGAGGAUUCUGCUCGGCAGACGAGAUCCCAAAGCUGACAGAGUCUACAGAUUCUUGGUUCCCUGGAUUGGGAGAGGACUCCUGAUCCUGAAUGGGUUAGCCUGGUUCCAGCAUCGGCGGCUUCUGACGCCUGCUUUCCAUUAUGACAUCCUGAAGCCUUAUGUGGCACUGAUGACUGACUCUGUCCUAGUGAUGCUGGAUAAAUGGGGGAAUCUCAGUGCCCAGGACUUGAGCCUGGAGAUCUUUGAGUAUGUCAGCCUAAUGACCUUGGACUCCCUCAUGAAAUGUGCCAUAGGCCAUCAGAGCAACUGCCAAAUGGAGAGGAAGGCUGAUGACAUCAAUUAUCAUCAGGCCAUUGGGAAGCUCACCCUGUUGAUGCAAGAGAGAAUGGCGACUUUCCAUUAUCAUAAUGACUUCUUCUACUAUUGGCUCACACUUCCUGGCCGGAAAUUCCUUCAAGCUUGCAAGGUUGCCCAUGACCACACUGACAAGGUGAUUAGGGAGAGAAAAGCUGCCCUGAAGGAGGAAGAGGAACAGGAGAAGAUUAAGGAGAAGAAACGCCUGGAUUUCCUAGACACUCUUCUUGGGGCUGGAGAUGAUAGCAAGUCCAUCUUGUCAGAUGCAGACCUACGGGCUGAGGUGGACACAUUCAUGUUCGAGGGUCAUGACACCACGACUAGCGGCAUCUCCUGGUUCCUGUACUGCAUGGCCCUCUACCCAGAGCACCAGCAGCGAUGCAGGGAGGAGAUCCAGGGAAUCUUGGGAAACCGUGACACCAUCCAAUGGGAAGACCUGGGGAAGUUGAACUACCUUACCAUGUGCAUCAAGGAGAGUUUCCGCCUAUAUCCCCCAGUGCCCCAAGUAUACCGCCAGCUGAACAAGCCCGUUACUUUCACAGAUGGGAGGUCACUACCUGCAGGAAGCCUGGUGUCUCUCCACAUCUAUUCACUCCAUAGAAACCCAGCUGUGUGGGACAAGCCUGAGGUGUUUGACCCCCAGCGCUUCUCUCCAGAGAAUUCCUCUACUCGUCAUCCUUAUGCAUUUGUGCCCUUCUCCGCUGGGCCUAGGAACUGUAUUGGGCAGCAGUUUGCCAUGUUGGAGAUGAAAGUGGUCACAUCCCUCUGUCUCCUUCACUUCGAGUUCUCCCUAGAGCCCUCGAAGCCACCUAUCAAACAGCUUCAGCUCGUCCUGGGUUCGAAGAACGGCAUCUACCUUAACCUGAAGAAGUUGAUCUAGGAAGGAGCAGAGCCUGGAGCUCUGCCUCGUGCAUGAGUGGGGAAUGGGAAUGAGGACAGCAGUGGUGGUGCUGAAAUGUCAUUUGAACAUGACCUUGGGCCCCGGGGGCUUAGAGUCCACUGCGGGAGUGGGGAGAGACACAAGCACUAGGAUAUUGAUUUUUCUCUCUCCUUGGACACACAUAUAUAGCUAGAUAGGCAAAAAAUACCUUCUAAUAGAGAAACAUGCCAUAAUCAUACCAUAUUGUAUCAGC